AACAGGUCCUGUGUAAUGGCACGGAUUUCAAACGCGUUAUUCUAUCAUAGGUUUAAAAUGUGGAGAUUUUUAAAGAACCGCAAGGAAUUUGCAAGCUAUGUAUAUAAAGCAAAAUCAAGACAUUCACAAGAAAGGCAGAAAUCUUCUGGAAAGGUAUUAGCCAUUCGUAGGGAAGAUGCUUCUGUAUGGGAAAGAAGGGCCCCACUAGCUCCUCAACAUGUCAAACAGUUGACUAAGGAUGGCAUAAAGGUUUUAGUGCAGCCCUCGAACAGAAGGGCAUAUCCCAUGCAGGCUUACAUCAAUGCAGGUGCAAUAAUUCAGGAAGAUAUUAGUGAAGCUCCUGUUAUAAUUGGAGUGAAACAAGUUCCUAUUGAUAAACUUUUGCCUGACAAAACAUACUGUUUCUUCUCGCACACUAUUAAAGCUCAGGAAGCAAACAUGCCUAUGUUGGACUGUAUACUAGAAAGGAAUAUACGAUUAAUUGAUUAUGAAAAACUGGUUGAUGCCAAAGGUCAGCGUGUAGUAGCUUUUGGAAAAUUUGCUGGAGUAGCUGGGACAGUGAACAUUUUGCAUGGUCUAGGCCUUCGGCUUUUGGCACUUGGCCAUCACACACCUUUUAUGCAUGUAGGUCCUGCUCACAAUUAUAGAAAUAGUGGAAUGGCUAGACAAACUGUGCGAGAUGCCGGAUAUGAAAUAUCAUUGGGUAUGAUGCCUAGAUCUAUAGGGCCUUUAACUUUUGUUUUUACUGGAUCUGGAAAUGUCUCUCAAGGUGCUCAGGAAGUAUUCCAGGAACUACCCUAUGAAUAUGUCAAUCCUACAGAUUUGCCUCAAGUUGCAGAGCAUGGAUCUAUGAAUAAAGUUUAUGGUGCUGUAGUUAGCAGAGAUGAUCAUAUUCGAAGAAAAGAAGGGGGAGGCUUUGAUGCAGAAGAAUUUGAAUUAUAUCCUGAACGUUAUUACUCAAAUUUUGCUAAAACGAUAGCACCAUAUGCAUCUGUCAUAAUAAAUGGCAUUUAUUGGGCUGUUAACUCUCCAAAACUAUUGACUAUCCCAGAUGCUAAGUAUUUAUUGAGACCUAGUUAUACACCAUGGCUUCCAUCGAGUGAAGGUUCUCCAUCAUUACCUCACCGACUCCUAGCAAUCUGUGAUAUCAGUGCUGAUCCUGGUGGAUCCAUUGAAUUUAUGACUGAAUGCACUACAAUAGAUACACCUUUUUGCUUGUAUGAUGCAGAUCAGCAUAAGAACAGUGAAAGCUUUGCUGGACCUGGAGUUCUUGUGUGUUCAAUUGAUAAUAUGCCCACUCAGUUGCCACUUGAAGCAACAGAUUAUUUUGGAUAUCUCUUGUAUCCUUUCAUGGAAAGCAUUUUAUCUUCAGAUGCAACAAAACCUCUUGAUCAACAUGAUUUCCAUCCCACAGUACAUGGAGCUAUUAUUGCUAGCGAUGGCAAACUUACUCCUAAUUUUGAGUACAUUACAGAACUCAGGACCACAUCAACAAGAUCACAGAAAAAAGCUCGAUCUCUGGCUGAAAAAGCUGCCAAAAAAGUUCUUGUCCUUGGAGCUGGAUAUGUAGCCGGACCUUUGGUAGAUUAUCUCACUCGAGAUCAAACCAUACAUGUUACAAUAGGCUCAAUUCUUCAAAAUCAAGGAGAAGCACUGGUGAAAUCAGCUAAUGCAGAGCAUGUUGUUUUAGAUGUCACUAAAGGAAAAGGUCCUUUAGAGAAAUUAAUUGAGGAGUCGACUCUUGUGGUGAGCCUUUUGCCUUACACACUGCAUCCCACAAUUGCUGAACAUUGUAUCAAGUACAAAAUAAAUAUGGUCACUGCCAGUUAUUUGACUCCAGAAAUGAGAAAACUUCAUGACGCAGCUGUUGAUGCUGGCAUUACAGUUGUAAAUGAAGUUGGUUUGGAUCCAGGAAUUGAUCAUCUCCUUGCCAUGGAAUGCUUUGAUGAAAUCAAGUUAAAUGGUGGAAGG